GUUCAUAGUUCAGUGAAAGGUCGACCUCUUUUUGAGAGAGAAAGGCAGGAUUUUGAAAGGAGCCCAAGAGGAAGAAGACGACGGAGGGAGGGCAGAAAGAGGAGAAGAAUGAAGAAUGAAAGAUUCAUUGCUUUGAUCGGCGUGCUUGUGUAGGAACUCAUGGAGGUGGUGGGUGGGUGGGUUUUCUUUGAGGACUUGUGUCGAAUAGUUGGAGAGCAUAGAUAGCCCCCCCUUGUUGUAAAAACAUAAAAGGGGAGCCCUUUUCAUCUCCUUUUGCAGGGGUUUUCCUUUGAUUUUUUUUUUGUUGGUCUCUUUUGGAAUUGGGGAUUGGAUUGGACCCCUCUCUUUCACUUUCUCCCUCUCACUCUGUCUCUCUCUGGUCUUAAGCAGCUGAAGAAGAAACAAAGACAGACAAGUUUCUUUCUGUUUUGUGACCACUGGGAAAGCCUUCCUUUUUAUGGGUGAACAUGAGAUUCCCUUGUCAUUCCUCGAGCUCCUCCUCCUGCUGCUGCUUCUGGAGCAGAGUAGUCUUUUCUUCAUUUCUUUUGAUUUGAAAGCUUGGACUGAGGUUUAGUCCUGUUCUUUUCCCCUCCUCCCCUUUUGCUAUUGGCCAAGAAGAGCAUUAAAAGACAAAUGCUUUUGGUUGCUUUGAGCUGAAGAAGAAGAAGAAGAAGAAGAAGAAGAAGAAGAAUGAGAAGGAUGGGUUAAUGGAGUUGGUUUCUUUUGAGUUGCUCUUGCUGCUGGAAUCCUGUUGAGUCCCAAAAAACAGAGGAAGUGUUGAACCGGAAAACAGAGCAACUGCAGAAACAGAGCCCACCCCAAAAAAUGGCGUGUGUCGAAGAAAAGGGGAAGGGCAGCGGAUUGGUCGGUGCCGGAGCACAACUGCCGGCGACUCUAAUGGAAGAAAUGAAGCUUCUGAAAGAAAUCCAGGAUCAUUCUGCUGGGAACCGUAAGGCAAUAAUGAACACAGAGCUGUGGUACGCCUGUGCUGGCCCGCUAGUUUCCUUGCCUCAGGUUGGAAGUCUCGUCUAUUACUUCCCACAGGGUCACAGCGAACAGGUUGCAGUUUCUACAAAGAGAAGUGCUACUUCACAAAUCCCCAACUACCCAAACCUUCCAUCUCAGUUGCUGUGCCAAGUUCACAAUGUCACCCUCCAUGCAGACAAAGAAACGGAUGAAAUCUAUGCACAAAUGAGCCUUCAACCUGUCAAUUCAGAGAAAGACAUCUUCCCUAUUUCGGACUUUGGAUUGAAGGGCAGCAGGCACCCCACCGAGUUCUUCUGCAAAACUUUGACAGCAAGUGACACGAGCACUCAUGGUGGUUUCUCAGUCCCUAGGAGGGCAGCAGAGAAGCUCUUCCCUCAGUUGGAUUACACAAUGCAACCUCCAACUCAGGAGCUGAUAGUUAGAGACUUACACGACAAUUCCUGGACGUUUCGCCACAUCUAUCGAGGUCAACCAAAGCGACACCUCCUCACAACUGGGUGGAGCCUUUUUGUAGGAUCGAAAAGGCUGAAAGCAGGAGAUUCCGUCUUGUUCAUCAGGGAUGAGAAGUCACAGUUAAUGGUGGGAGUGAGACGAGCAAAUCGUCAACAGUCGAUGCUGCCAUCUUCGGUUCUCUCUGCAGAUAGCAUGCACAUUGGUGUCCUUGCUGCUGCAGCUCAUGCUGCUGCAAACAGGAGUCCUUUCACCAUCUUCUACAAUCCAAGGGCAUGCCCUUCAGAGUUUGUCAUUCCUUUGGUCAAGUACAGGAAAGCUGUGUACGGAACUCAGGUGUCCGUUGGGAUGAGGUUUGGGAUGAUGUUUGAGACGGAGGAAUCGACCAAACGAAGGUACAUGGGGUCAAUAGUGGCUGUUAGCGACUUAGAUCCAUUGCGGUGGCCUGAUUCCAAAUGGCGAAAUCUCCAGGUGGAGUGGGAUGAGCCAGGAUGUUCUGACAAGCCAAAUCGAGUCAGUCCAUGGGAAGUAGAAACUCCCGAGAGCCUCUUCAUUUUCCCUGCUUUAACCUCAGGUCUCAAGAGGUCCAUUCACGGUGGUUACUUAGGAGGAGAAACUGAAUGGGGAGGCAUGGUCAAAAGACCCCUAAUCUGGCUUCCUGAUGGUGGUAAUGGAAACCUUCCUUACCCACCAACAAUCCCCGAUUCUGACCGGCUGCUUAAGAUGUUAAUGAAACCACCAUCUAAUAACUAUCCUGGACUCUAUCCUCCUGCCUUCCAAGACGUCUCUGCUGCCAAAGGAUCACCGAUAGAAGAUGCUAGGAUCAUGAGCCAACAGCCAGAGGUAGCAGCUAUGUUCUCAGGAAACCAUCAAAUUUAUCAGCAGCAACAGCAAAAAUCGUCGUGUAUAGAGCAAUGCGAGGUUGGGAAUCCUUCGUCAUCAUCCAGAACCAACAAUGUUCCUGGAAAUACAAAUCCUGUAACAAAACCUGACAAAAAGCAAGAGCCAAUCCCGCCGGAGAAGAUGGUGAAAUCAGAACCUAAGUUGACCCAGAUAACUUCUGCUGAACAUUUACCAAAUGGCCACUGGUCUAUUAUGCAGCAGCCUCUUCAAGAGCCAUCAUCGUCAAUUGUUCAGCCUCUUCAGCAACCACAUGUCCCUCAACCUGACCAAAACCAUCUUCCGUUUCUAGACACAGUCGACGAAUGGACCUCACAGCAGCCUCCAGCAAUGCCUGUCUUGUCAUCAAUCCAGAGACAGACCGGGGCAAUGUCAAUGUUCGGCCUGCAAGAACCAUCUCCUCCCAUCGUCUUUCCUGAAACAUUAGUGAACCAGGAUAUGUGGGAGCAUCACCAGAUGAACAACCUUAGGUAUCUAACCCAAUCGACCCAGUUCAUACCAAUGACUCAACCGGACCAUUGCACCUUCAAUUCGGGUGAUGAGAGCAACGGCCAAAGUGGGAUCUAUGGCUCUCUCAACAAUGGCCACCCUGGUGGUAUAGUGAUUGACCCUUCAAGUACUAUUCUGGACGAGUUCUGUUCCUUGAAGGAUCAGGAUUUCCAUACCAACCCUUCUUCAGAUUGCCUUGUGGGCAACUUCAGCUCGAGUCAAGAUGUUCAAUCUCAGAUCACUUCUGUAAGUUUGGCGGACUCUCAAGCUUUCUCUCAGCAGCAGGAGUUUCCUGAUAGCUCUGGUGGGACUUCUUCUAGCAAUGUGGAGUUUGAUAAGGGCAAUAACCUCGUCCAAACUAACUCCUGGCAGCAAGUUGCUCCCCGCGCGAGGACUUACACAAAGGUUCAGAAGGCAGGGUCAGUUGGGAGAUCGAUCGAUGUUUCGAGCUUCACGAACUAUGAGGAGCUCUGCUCGGCGAUCGAGUGCAUGUUCGGGCUUGGUGGGUUGCUGAACAAUCCAAGGGAGUCAGGGUGGAAGCUGGUUUACGUGGACUACGAGAAUGAUGUCCUGCUCAUUGGCGAUGAUCCUUGGGAGGAAUUCGUAGGAUGUGUUCGAUGCAUAAGGAUUCUAUCACCUCAAGAAGUUCAACAGAUGAGUGAGGAAGGGAUGAAGCUUCUCAAUAGCGCGAAUAUGCAGCAGGGGAUCAACAUUGCUUCUUCUUCCAUUGUACAAGGUUAAUGCCGGUGACUCGAUAAAUGUGAGAGGGAUACAAUGAAUUUGUGGUUUACAAGGGAGCAAAUGGGGCGACUGAUCGAACUUCGAGACCUGUUAGGAAGUGGAUCCAGUACAACCAUUACUCACCAUAUCAGCAGCUGCAGCUGCAGAAGCUGUAGCUAGCUAGGAGUAGGCAUUGCGGAGCUUUUGAUUAUUGUCGGCCAUCACCUUGUUAAGGGUGCGGCUUUCCUCCAUGUAUGUUGUAAGUUGUAAGCUAAUAGGAUGCAGUUGAUUGAGUAUGUAUAAGAUUGGCCAGGAAUUGAAAAAUGAGAAUAUUGUUAACCUACAUAUGGUCAAGUCCCAGGCCCUGUCAUGUGGGCAGAGUGCAGACCAUCUAAAAUUGAGAUACCUGAUUGUCAAUGGCAAUACAUUUCCAGUUGUGCAUCAAAAUGAAUCGGUAUUGAAAUCUUUGAUGGAAUAGUAAAAG